UGCAGCAGCAGCAGCAAACCACCAUACUUAGGGAGACGAUGUGGAAUACUUGUUCUGCAAGAACCGCUCCGUUUUCUUUAUUUUACCGAAGACUGUAUCAAGAACAAUCAUUUCAAAUCGAGUUUCGUUAGGUUUCGUGGCGGAGACUGGCAUCUCUUUCUGAAUGUACUGGACUAAACUGAAUUAUUCAUUUUCCGCGUCAGUUCUGUCUCCGAUCUCGAUUUUCUAAAUAACACAGCACAGCUCUUUACCCAUCUUUCUUGUGAUUACACCGGUCGGCAUAAACGGUAGAGUUCGACCAGGGCAUACGUGCAGCAAUUUUCAGGUUUGAGUAAACGCGUGGGAUUGUUGGGACUAAUUUGUCAGGUUCUGCAUUUUUCUUCAGAACUGUUGAGGAGGUGAGCCGCAAGCAACGGGCAACGUGAACAUCCGUACGAACUAAUGUUAAAGAGGCAUCAUUUAUAUUCUUUUGCCUCUCUUUUCCCUUGAACUGGAGAAUGCUGUGGUUGUUUUUCAUCCAAGUCAACGGCGCGCCUUUAUUUAGUUUCUCACUGGUUUUAAGGUGAAUUUGAUCUCGUCACUUCGAGCAGCUUUGAAAUGUCUCCCCAAAGCUUAGUAUUUGGGGGAGUUUAUGAGAGAAUAUAUGUUCUGAAUAAGUGGGGCCUGACGGGAAGAUACGCGAAGGCUGAAAUUUGAACCUGCUGCGAUAGCAGCGACUGAAUGGGAAUAGUCCCCUUUGGCUCUAGCAAUGUGCGGUGUCAUCUGUAAGGAAGACGGCAUUUAGGACGUUGCGGUUACUAAAUGGUUUUCUGGGGGAUUUUAAAAAGGCAAAAAUGCUGCUGCUUAUUCUGUUGGCCUUUUCCAUAUCGAGUUCAUUUUCUAACUCGGAUUCAGACCUCUCAGCUGAGACCUGCAGCGCUUGCUCAUGCAUGUCCAUCGAAAACGUCCUCUAUGUGAACUGUGAAAAAAUAACUGUGUACAGACCAACGCAGCUGCUUCCUCCACCAUCUAGCCUCUACCAUUUGAAUUUCCAGAACAACCUUUUGUAUAUUCUUUACCCCAACUCUUUUCUGAAUUUCACACACGCAGUCUCCCUCCAGCUGGGCAACAACAAGCUGCAGAACAUCGAGGGAGGGGCCUUUGUGGGACUCAGUGCAUUAAAACAGUUGCACUUAAAUAACAAUGAAUUAAAAGAGCUCCGGGCUGACACUUUCCGGGGGAUCGAGAACUUGGAAUACCUCCAGGCCGACUACAAUUUAAUCAAGUAUAUUGAAAAGGGAGCCUUCAACAAACUGCAUAAGUUAAAGGUUCUAAUUCUAAAUGACAAUCUUAUACAGAGCCUUCCAGAGAACAUUUUUCGCUUUGCUUCCCUCACACAUUUGGAUAUACGAGGGAACAGGAUACAGAAGCUCCCAUAUCUGGGAGUUUUGGAGCACAUUGGGAGAAUAGUGGAGUUGCAGUUGGAUGACAACCCGUGGAAUUGCACAUGUGAUUUGUUACCUCUGAAAGCCUGGUUGGAGAAUAUGCCCUACAACAUUUUCAUUGGGGAAGCAAUAUGCGAGACUCCCAGUGAUUUGUAUGGUCGUCUUUUGAAAGAGACCAAUAAGCAAGAACUGUGCCCUAUGGGAAUUGGCAGUGACUUUGAUGUGCGGAUGCCUCCAUCCCAGCCAGAUAGUGGGCACGCUGCAUCAAAUGCACCAUCUACAAUAGCACCCUUAGUUACCAAAGCACCCAAAACUACAAAUCCUUCCAAAAUUUAUGGGAACGGUAUUGUUGCUGGUAUUCCAGUGGGUAAAAAUGGCCAAAUUGUGUCCUACCAAACCCGAAUCCCUCCCCUCUCGUGCCCUCAGCCCUGCACCUGCAAAGCUCACCCAUCUGACUUUGGCAUUAGUGUCAGCUGUCAAGAACGAAAUAUCCAGAGUCUAGCUGACCUUGUACCUAAACCUCCAAAUGCCAAGAAAUUGCACCUCAGUGGUAAUUACAUUAGACAUAUCAGCCCCACUGACUUCCAAGGCUUUGAAGGAUUAGAUCUGUUACACCUGGGCAGUAAUCAAAUAUCCACCAUCCAAAAAGGUGUGUUUGGAAAUCUGACCAACCUCCGUAGGUUAUACCUUAAUGGCAAUCAACUUGAGCAGCUUCACCCUGAAAUAUUUCUCGGGCUCAGUAACCUCCAGUACUUGUAUUUGGAAUACAAUGCCAUAAAGGAGGUGUUAGCAGGGACAUUUGACUCCAUGCCAAAUUUGCAGCUCUUGUAUCUAAACAACAAUGUGCUCAGAAGCCUCCCUGCUUACAUUUUUGCUGGUGUUUCCCUUGCUAGACUGAAUCUGAAGAACAAUCACUUCAUGACUUUACCUGUGAGUGGUGUACUGGACCAGCUAAAAUCGCUCACUCAAAUAGACCUGGAAGGCAAUCCCUGGGAAUGCUCAUGUGAUUUAGUGGCUUUGAAACUGUGGCUAGAGAAACUCAAUGAUGGGGUGGCUGCCAAGGAGGUCAGAUGUGCAUCCCCAGUGCAGUUUGCAAAUGUAGAGCUGCGAGAGCUGAAAAAUGAGAUCUUGUGCCCCAAGCUCAUAGCUAGGCCUCCUUUUAUUCUAACAAGUGCCACCCCUGUGGUUACAUCAAUGUCAUCUGCUGGAGUUGGCAAGGCACCUCCUGGUGGGCCAGUUCCCCUGUCGAUCAUGAUCCUGAGUAUACUGGUGGUCUUGAUCCUCACCGUGUUUGUUGCAUUCUGCCUGCUAGUCUUUGUGCUGAGGCGGAACAAAAAGCCCUCAGGGAGGCAGGAGGGGCUUGGCAGCCAGGAGUGUGGCUCCAUGCCUCUCCAUCUCCGGAUGCACCAUCACAAAUCCAGCAAGAAGGAUGACCUGGGUGGGGAGACCUUCAUCCCCCAGACCAUCGAGCACAUGAGCAAAGCCCACACCUGUGGGAUCAGAGACUCUGAGUCUGGCUUCAAGUUUGCUGACUCUCAGAGGCAGAAAUUGGUCUUGCGUAACAGCACAGACAAAGACAAGGACACUCUAACUCUGGACGCCAGGAAAAGACUAAGUACCAUUGACGAGCUUGACGAGUUCUUGCCAGGAAGGGAAUCCAACAUGUUCCUCAACUACUUGGAGAACAAAAAGGAUUUCAACAGUAUAGGGGUGAGUGGCUAUGAGAUCCGUUACUCCGAGAAACCACAUGACAAAAAAAGGAAAAAGUCAUUAAUAGGGGGCAACCACAGUAAGAUAGUUGUUGAGCAACGCAAAAGUGAGUUUUAUGAACUAAAAGCAAACCUCCAAUUGGACCCUGACUACCUUCAAGUACGAGAGGAAUCAACAGCCCUCACUAAAUUGUAGGCCUCUCAUCUUCAUUUGCCCCUUAAUGACAAAAAAAAAGUGCCUUGUGGAAAAUAUUGAUGACCAAUGGAAUACCGGACAGAAGUUUCAUUACAAAAAUAUCACUUAGAAUUGUUGGCAGUGUUAUAAUUCCAAACUUGCUUUUUUAAAUGAUGAUGCCCUUACAAAAUAUAAGAAUCCCAUCAAUCUAUAAUAGAGGAUAUACAGUACCUUAUAAACAAUUGUAGUUUUGCUGCUAUCAAAGUGGGUUCCAUCAGACCAUUUUUAAAUUUUAUUUUUAACUAAAUUAUUGGGUCAUGAAACAGCAUUGUGUGUAAUUCAUAUUGACCCUUGUCCAUUGUUUUUGGUUGGAAGUAUUUUUAGGGUACUUGGGAUGACAAAAUGAAAUGGAGUGGAAGAUUGGCAACUUGGUGUCACAGGCACAUGAAAGUGUUGGAAUCCCUCAGAGUCCCUUCAUUUGGAUUUUGUUUGUCAUUUUUUGGGGGCCUUGAAACUGGUGGAUUCAGUUAUUUCUGAAGGCACUGAAGCUUCACCAUAUUUACAUUUUGGAUUACUAUGUCUAUUAUUUCUGUAAAGAGCCAUUUAAACUUGUUCUAAUGAAAUGUGAUUCUCCUUGAAGUCUUUGGGUAUGGCACAUGACAGGACAUUCAUAAACCCAAGAAAAAAAAACCUUCAUAGCUGCUUGCCAUGUAAGCGAACCUGAUUUAUUUUUUAAGUCAACAUUAUUUGUAUUUGUGGGGCAGUUUGUAAAUUACAAAGGUCAAUGAUUCAACAAUCUCAUCAAGAAAUAAAUAGAAAAUGGAAAAAAGUAAAUAGAAAUUCAAAAUGGAGAAAAAAAAUAGAUUCAUGACCACUGUCACCUGUCAAUUCAUAGUUUAAUUAACUUCAUAUUUAAUUUAUUUUUCUAUACAGGAUUAUUUAAAGAUUAUUGGUACUAUUUAAAAUUUCAAGGAACAUUUUGAAUGCUACAAGUGAUUCAGGCUCUUAUUUUGAGUGCUGAGUAGCUAGGUCUAAAAUUCUGUUCUGACCUGUGUUCUAUUAUGAAUUCUAUCUGGGCAUAGAAGGUAGAGCCAGCGAUAGUGAUGUCAUUUUCACUAUUACAUUGCAUGAGGUGAGGCCUCACAGUGUAUCAAGUCCAACAAAUUGCUUAUUCUUAGCCCAUGAGUAUCUUGUAAAAGGUUUCUUAACAAUAUGCAACCAAAAUAAGUGUGCAUUAACAUGAUAUGAUUCUGAAAUUUAUUAAUAUGUCAUGGGAACUGAAAUUUAAUUGGGCAGGAGGUGUGUAGUAAUUUAUUUACUUUUAAUUUUUGAAAAGAACUUUGCAUUUUUACAAUAUCUCUGAAAUUCAAUGUGUUUUUUGCUAAAAGCUACUGAUUUGGUCAGAAUUGUAUCACAAUUCAUGUGCAAUAUUAUUGUGCUCAAUCAUAUUAGCUUGACAAUUUUACAUUGUUUGUCCGCUCGAGUUAAUAUUAUGGAAAGAAUUUAAGUUUUUCUUUCAGAAAAUGAAAUAAAAUAAUUUCAUUCAGUCCUUAUUUAAGAUACUGUUAAGUUAAUGAUUGUUUGAAAUAGAAUGUACCUUGAAAGCUAAAAUAAAUACAAUUUUAUAUAUCAGUCAUGGGAAAUUUGUAUAUUGGUUAAUUGUCCAAAUGCAUUUUUGUUUGUUUAUUUGUUUA